CAACAGAAAUGUCUGAUAUGGAGAACACUGACAAGAAGCGUCUAUUUGAAGCAACUGAAUCUGAAACAGACUUUAACAAAAGUAAAAAGCUGAAGCUUGACAAAGAACUGAGGGAUAAAACUUCUGAAGAAGAUAAAAUAACUACUGGAAUGGAAAAAGAAAAGCCUUUAGAUGAUUCUGAAAUUAAACAUGAUAAAGAUGAUGCCAUGAAAGAUGUUUUAAAUGUAUCUAUAAAAGAAACAAAAAAUGCAUUAUCUGUCCCUGAAAUUACUAAAGAUUCUGUUGAUGAAAAAAGUCCUGGUAGUAAAGAAGUUUGUGAAAAUAAAGAAGAAGAACCUGGAGUCCUUGAAAUAUCUACUAAGAAAGUUGAAAAUGAAGACAAAACAGAAAGUGUUAAGGCCAUUACUGAGAUAGGUAUUGAGGAUUUGUCUGUUAAAUCAAAUACAAAGGAAAGUACAGAGUCAAAUAAGAAAGAUGUAGUCUCAGACAAAAAUGUGAAGGAAUUAAAUGAAAAAGAGAAAUCCGAUAAAACAAAUAUUAAAACUGAAGAAGUUGCAAUGGAUGAAGAUUCAGAUGAUCUAAAAAGAAAUUUGAAGAAAGAGUCAUCAAAAAGUGAUGCUGAAGACCAAACAGAUGACACUUCUACUGUUAAAUCAGAAGGUAGUGAAAAGGAAAAUAUGGAUAUAAAAAAGGAAAAGGCUGAUUCCCCAGAUGUCAUAAUGCUAUCUGAUGAGGACGAAGAUUCUCCUGAUAACCUGUCACGUCGUUCACGCAUAUUGAAAAAAGUAAAAGCUUUACAAAACCAGCUGCGUAAUGAAGAGGCUACAUUAGUACUCCUUAAAAAGUUGAGGCAAAGUCAGAUAACUCAGCCUCAGGAAACAGUUAUACCACCUCCAAUUCCUAAGCCUCAAUCUCAUCAGCUAAAUCAGCAGCAUGUAAGGCAGCAUGGUGGGCCGCCACCAUUGGUCAGAGGGAAUCAGCCCAAUUCUAAGACCUUACAAAAUGUCAGUCAGAGCUCCCAAAACCUGAGGGGGCAACAAAUGAACAAUAACCAAAUAUCUCGCUCUCAGCAAGGUCCUCCACCUCUUGUACUGUCUGCUCGUUCAAACAGUGGUCAAACAAUGCAGUCCCAACAGCAUGGUCACAACAACUCACGUGGUAGUGCUCAGCACAGUAUAUCAAGAGGAAAUGCAAACAGUCGCAGUCAACAACCACAGCAGCAACAACAAGCUGCUCAGAGGCAGACAUCAACACAACAAGCACCUCAGCUGCCUCCACCUACACUACAAGACACCCAGACACCUGCACAACGACAGGCUGCUGCUAAGCAAGCGCUAAGAAAACAGCUAGAAAAGACAUUGUUACAGAUACCCCCGCCAAAACCUCCCCCACCAGAAAUGAACUUCAUACCUUCCUUGGCAUGUCCUGACUUUAUCUUAUUACUUGGCCUUGAGGAAGUUGUGAAUCAUAUGAUAGACUUUCAACUCAUUGCACGUGGUCAAAAGAAUCCUGAUGAGCGUUUUGUUUGUACCCCAUUUACUUGUGUGCAGUGUGGCUCAGAUUUUACUCCAGUUUGGAAGAGAGAAAAACCUGGAUCCAAAAAUGUAAUUUGUGAACAUUGUGUAACAAGCAAUCAAAAGAAGGCGCUUAAGCAGGAGCAUACCAAUCGCCUAAAAUCAGCAUUUGUGAAGGCUUUGCAACAAGAACAAGAAAUAGAACGAAUGCAGGCUUCCACCCCAACACCAAGCCCACAACCCUCUGGUAGCAACACCCCUCAGCCACAGCUUCCAUCGGCCCCAAUGAUCUCUGCUGCAAGUGCAGCUGCUGCUGCUGCUAGUGCUGCAGCCGCCGCGGCAGUGGCAAAUUACAGACCAAGUGCUGAACAGCUUAGACAGCAUCAUAACUACCUUCAGGCACAGCAAGUUCAGCUUAGAGGGGGACAGCCUCUUGGUCUUCAAGCUUUCUCACGUGCUCCUUUUUACAAUAUCCCUUUUGCCAAGCAACAAGAUAUUCAGCGUCAGUUUCUACUAGACAUGAUACCUAGAGCAAAUAUGCCUUGGAAGCAGUAGAGCUUUUGGAGAUACACAGCUGCGUGAGCAGUCAUUGAAAUUAAUUUCUGUCUGUGCAUACACGUUUGGAAUUAGUUUUGGUUAUAUUUAUUUAUAACAUGUUAGCUUGAUAAUAUUGCAAGUUUUUUUUUUAAACUAUUUUUUCAUCUCUUUAAAUAAAAGAAAAAUGUCAUCAGUUUGAUUUAAAAAUAAUUUUAUAGGUAAUAUAAUUAACCUAGCAUGUUUCUGAAUUCUAAGUGUUUUUGCAUUAACUAAUUUAGAUUUUUCACAAAGAUAUUCUACCCUCAUGGUAUGCAUAUUUUUUGUUUAACAAUGUUUGGCAUCAACUUUUUGUCAUUAUAUUGCUUUUGCCUAAACUUUUGUUAUUUUUAUAUUGAGAAAGUCAUCAUUCAUAUCCACCUCUUCAAUGUAGUAUCUGUAAGAUGAGUGCACUAAAUCUAAAUGAACCACCACAUCCAGUUAAUAUAAUUUAGACAUUCUCUUUUUGGUCACAUAAUUUGUAUAAACUCAAGUUUUGAACUGGAAUGUUAAGUGCCAGAAAGGUUGACUUGUGACUUUAUUACAAAAUAUCAUACUUCAUGUUUUAGGAAUUUAUUCUUUCCUCCAGUCAAUUUUGUUUGUGCUGUGCUUUAAAAUCAGUAGCUUAGAAAAUUAAUAUGUAAUUUUAAUGUAAAUCUGUUUUUAAAAUGUUUUUUUUUAAUGUACAUAGUUGUUAAGGGUAUAUUAUUAAAAUUUGUAUACUUCACAGUGAGAAUGACAAUGGGUUUUGAAACUGUUUUCUGUUUACCAUAAAUACUUUUCAUGAAGUUACAAAUUUUUGGUUACAUUAAUUGUAAUUUGUGUAAUAUUAUAUAUAAAAUGAAACGAAAAGAUUAAAUAUUUUGAUC